CGUCGAGCUACACCGCGCUCUCGUGCACGCAGCCUCGACGUUGCCCGUGCGAUCCUCUUCCUCGUUGUCCCCGUAAUUCGGAUUUGUCGUCGAAGGCGUUAGAAAUUCGCACGAUUCGAGUUGGAUUGUUACAAGUGGAUCAUUACCGGUGCGCCGAUGUUCUCAGAAAAGAUGGCUAUCGCCGCCUCGGAAAAUUAUCAGCUCAAAUGGCACAGCUACGGAGCGCAUCUACACAGCUCCGUCGCGACUCUGCUCCACUCAGAAUCCUUCGCGGACGUUUUACUGGCCACGUCCUGCGGGCGACACGUGGCGGCCCAUCGAUUCGUCCUAGCGGCCUGCUCGUCUUAUCUCAGUCACAUUUUCCAAACGUGCCAUUUCGGCGCCAACACCAAUGCUCCGAUAAUCGUGGUGUUGCCUACGGAGAUCGGAUAUCGCACGUUAAAAAUCCUGAUACAGUACAUGUACAGUGGCGAAGCUACUGUGACCAACGAUCAGCUGGAAGGAGUCCUGAAGGCCGGCGACAUACUACGUGUGCGUGGACUGUGGAGAUCAAAUACCGGCAGCAGCAAAAAGGAGAACAUACAGUCGAAUAAUCAGAAAAUUGAACGCGACAAGCGGGAAACGUCGCAGCUUGCCGGACAAAUACAAAAGAUCAAACUGAUACAACCGACCGCGGAGAAGGUAAUCGAGAACGUGCAGCAGGCAGCCACGGCUUGCCAAAAUAAUAUACAGUCCGCGAAGUCGGUUGAGAGGAAGAGCACUGAGAAAGUUGAAGACAAGACCAACGAAUCUGAGAACAAGAAAGUCUCGGAGGAGAAGAAUAACGAGCAGAGCAAGAACAAGGAAAACCUCGAGACAAAUGGCAAAAAGAAAAAAACCGUUAACAGUGACGUCGAGUCGAAUAAGUCCAAGAGUGAAGGUGGUGAAAACACCGAAUUAAAUUUGGAGUUGUUAGUAAAGGACGAGCCGAUCGAUUGGGAAGAAACAAUUGAUCCGUCGGAAUCACUUACGAUAGAUCACGAAAUUGAUAUCAAACCAGAGAUCGUACAUAGCGCGGACGAGGAUGGAGAUAUGGAAGAGGAAGAGUACACCCCACUGACAUGCGACAUGUGCAGUCAAACGUUUAACAGACCGUCGGAUUGGGUGAGACAUAUAGAAUUUACGCACGCUGACAUGACUGAAAAUCGGAGAAAGAAACGAAAGGACGAUAUAAACGACGACAGCAAGGACUUUCCCCCUCUGAAAUGUGAUUUAUGUGGCAACAUGUAUUCCACGCCGCAAGAGUGGGUGCGUCAUAUACAGACGGAGCACACGGAGGAGCAGUUGGCCUUGAUGAACAAUUCGGCGCCCCCUAAGCCGAAAAGGGUUCACAAUCACCAAAAGUUAUGCAAUAUAUGUCAAAAAGAAUUCCCGAGUCACGCCUCGAUGGUUAUCCAUCAAAGAACGCAUACGGGCGAAAAACCUUUCCUUUGCUCUUACUGUAAAAAAGGCUUCAACGUAAAGAGCAACUUGCUGAGGCAUUUAAGGACACUGCAUGAUAAAUACGUACAUCCUAGCUUAUACGGGAGUAAUGGUAGCACGAACGCUUAAAGACCCUUCACAUUUCUUUCCGACGAUAUAUAUAUGUAUACAUACACAGGACGUUUUAUUUUAAUUACCACAUGAGAAUAUCUCGAAAAGGAGACGGGAUUAAAAAGUUUCAGACAACGUCAUCCAAGAUCAUACUCAUGGUACCAUCUUGUGUAUCAUCCCCCCCACGAAGUCACAUAACUUAUGUCUAAAAUCUUUUUGUAAUCCCACAUCUUAAGGAAACAUUUUAGUGUGGUAAUUAAAAUGAAACAACUUGUGUAUAUGUAUAUAUAUAUACAUAUGUAUGUGUGUGUGUGUGUGUGUGUGUGUGUGUGCGUUGUUUGCAUGGCGUCUCAGUCGUGGAGAAACCAUACAGUAUCUUAUGUAUAUUAUUAUGAUUACGUAGACUGAACGCGUAUCUAUACGUAUAAAAUGGAUGCCAAAUUGGAGCACGACAUGACGACAAACGAGUUAAGAUCUGUGUGAAUCUCCACCGAAAGAAUAAGCAUAACUGAGCGCAUUUUUAAAAUUCACAAUACAUAUUGGAGAGAAAUCUAUACAAACUAUUUUUUCUAAAGGAUAGUUGUGUCGCAUUCUUUAUAUAUAAUAAUCUUCUUUUUAAUAUAGAAAAUAAUAGAACUCCUCUCUCGUUAAACAACUUUCGAUUGAGUUGAAACAAGAAAGCAAUAUCAGGGUCUUAAUACCAAAGAGGCUGAUUAAUAUUGCCAAAAUGUCUCGUUUGAAUAUUUUAAACCUUUCCUUCUCCUUCUAAUGUAGUGCACAUAUAUGAAAAAAAAAAGGUUGAAAAGAUUUUUGUUCAAGAGUAAAGAGAGGACAAAUAAUGAAUGAUUUUACUAUUUAUAGAUAUCUG